GAUCAGCCAAUGGAAAUCGCGUCGCGGGGCGGGUUAUGCAAAUGAGGAAUGGUACCGCCUCCCCGAUCGUGCGGAGAGCUUGUGGACGGAAGGAAGAGCGACGCAUGCGCGAGAGAGGAGGCGAGAAAAAGAGAAGGACCCAUUGAGAGUACCCUCUGCAGCCCACCAUGAUCGUCUUUCCGCCGGGUCUGACAGAGGAAGAGGAAGCUCUGCAGAAGAAAUUUGCCAAACUCAAGAAAAAGAAAAAAGCCCUCAUGGCCUUAAAGAAACAACAGAGCUCCACCAGUCAAGCCAGCCAGGGUGGAAUUAAACGCUCCAUCUCAGAUCAGCCGGUUGUGGACACGGCCACAGCAACGGAGCAGGCAAAGAUGCUUGUGAAGACUGGGGCCAUCAGUGCCAUUAAAGCCGAGAACAAGAACUCGGGGUUCAAGCGCUCUCGCGCACUGGAAGGAAAGCUGAAGGAUCCUGAAAAAGGGCCCGCCCCGACUUUCCAACCUUUUCAGCGGAGCAUCUCAGCAGAUGACGAUUCUCAAGAGUCUCGCCGUCCCCAGAGGAAGUCUCUAUAUGAAAGCUUUGUGAGCUCCAGUGAUCGGCUGCGGGAUCCAGAGAAGGAUCCAGAACCCAGCAGGGAUCCAGACAAGGAGUCGGACCAGAGCGAAAACCUACGUGGUUACGAGUGGGAUUACGACUGGGAUCGCAGCCGGGACAGGAGCAGGGACCGGGAGAGAGACCGGGAGCGUGACAGAGACCGGGACCGGGAGAGAGAUCGAGACCGGGAACGUGACCGGGAACGUGAUCGUGACAGAGAGGGAGGCUACCGCUGUUCGGAUUCUUUUCCAGACCGUUGGACUCCACGCAAAGGAAAUACGGUGUACGUCUCUGGGGCAGACAUGAACCAGAACAUGCUGCGCACGGCCUUCUCCACUUUUGGGAACAUUAUUGACCUCUCCAUGGACAACCCUCGCAACUGUGCGUUCGUCACUUAUGAGAAGAUUGAGUCUGCGGAUGAGGCCAUCGCCAAGCUUAAUGAUGCCGUGGUAGAAGACGUGCAGCUGAAGGUCAGCGUUGCUCGCAAACAGCCCAUGUUGGACGUAGCCACUGGCAAAUCACUCUGGGGGUCAAUGGCUGUGAUGAACAGUUCCAAGGGGUCCCAUCGUGACAAGCGGUCCCAGGUGGUCUACGGUGAAGAUGUCUUCUGAAGCUUGCCAGGCGAUCUCUGCUGGAGGCAAGAGAGGGGGUUUUGUUUGUUUUUGUCAUGUCUAGUUGAGGUGUUCCAAUAAAAAAAAUGUUUUCUAUA